AUGUCAGAAUACGGAUUUGUUAGAAUCACUAGAGUUGUCGAAGAAGCAAUCGCAUCCCCAAGGGAUCCAACUCCACAACUAAACACUCAGUUGCCAUUAGAUACACCAUUAGCUAAGUUUGUGUACGAUUAUGCUAAGGAAAAGCUUCCAGUUGAAACUUUCAAUCAUUCGGUCAGAGUUUACUUUUAUUGUGUAGCUAUUAUCAAGGAUCAAUUUCCUGAAUGGGAUUUAAACUACGAAGUUGUAUGGGUGACUAGUUUGUUGCAUGAUAUUGGAACUACCCAUGAGAAUAUGAACACAACCAAAUUAUCGUUCGAAACAUGGGGUGGUAUUUUGUCCCGUGAUUUGAUUUUAAGUAAAACCAACGGUAACAAAGACUAUGCCGAUGCAGUUUGUGAAGCAAUUGUGAGACAUCAAGAUUUUGGUAAUGUUGGUUAUAUAACCACGUUAGGUUUGAUUUUGCAAAUUGGUACUAUGUUGGAUAAUGUUGGUGACCAUAGCCACUUGAUACAUAUAGAUACUCUUGAUGCUGUUAACAAAGCAUUUUCAAGAAACAAUUGGUUGAAUUGCUUUGCUGAUGCUAUUGAUUAUGAGAACAAGUUGAAGCCAUGGGGCCAUACCACUGCAUUAGGGAGUGAUUCAACUAGAACGCGUAUUCUUAGUAACAAGCUUAAAUACGAAAAGUUGUAA